AUGAUAAAUAGUGUAUAUCCUGCCAAAAAGAAUAUUCGCCUUCCACCGGAGGUUAGCCGAAUACUCUACCUAAGGAAUUUACCGUAUAAAAUAACUUCUGAGGAAUUGUACGAUAUAUUCGGUAAAUAUGGCGCAGUUCGUCAAAUUCGAAAGUAUAUCGCCUUGAACAUUUCACUCAAUUCAUUGAUAUUCAGGGGAAACAGCGCCUCGACCAAGGGAACUGCCUUUGUCGUUUACGACGAUAUUUACGACGCCAAAAACGCCCUGGAUCACCUCUCUGGGUUUAACGUGGCCGGAAGGUAUCUGGUGGUUCUGUACUAUAACCCUGCCAGGGUGAACAAGAGGAAGGACUUGGAUAAACAGGAGGCCGACUUGAAGAAAGCGACGUUGCCCUGUCUACCUCUUCUUCUUUAUCUUCUGAGUGAUCGGAUAGUUUGCGAUGUGGCCUCCCUUCAUCGUGUACGGGUUCGCCUCGACGAUCUUGAAGAUCCGGUACACGACGUUUCCGACCAUCAUUUUAUUGUAUCCGUGGACGCUGACAAUUAG